AUUUGGUGACCCACGUGUGACCCACGUGCGACCUCCCCCACCACGAGCGGCUCCAUGGCGGCGGCGGCGGUGGUAGGGGCGGCGGCCUCUCGGCGCGGGGUCUCCUUGGCCACCGCUUUUCCCCGCCUCGCCUCCACGCUUUCCGCGAGCACCGCUGAGGUCUCUACGGGAGCCUCUCGUCCUCCCUCUCGCGUCCGUCCUACCCCCGCUCUUCCCCGCCUGGCCUCGCUGACAACUUUGACCCCCCCGAAGAUCUCGACAAUUUGUCCGACGCCUCGCUCCACAGUCCCCUCCUCUGGGGGUUCUGCGAUCACUGCGUUCGUCUCCGGGGUCGGCCCAAGUCCGUUUUUGCGCAGUCCUUCCUCGGUUGUACCCCCUCGGGGGGUUUCUACGAGCACCCCGAGCGUCCCCUCGCGUGCCUUUGCAAGCGGAGCCCGUGGUGAUGACGAGGAGGAUGAGGCGACGAGCGGCGGCAGGAGGAGGAGGAAGAAGAGGUGGGAUCCGACCGCGACAGAGUCUGGCGAGGACAUGGAUGAGCAGCAACAACAGCAGCACUUGUCUGAGAUGAAAGCCAUGCUGGAUCCCAGAGCGCAUGUGGCGGGGGACAUCGUGGGGAUGCCUCUGGACGUUCUGGUCGCUGCUCUGCAUCAAGAGAAUGGACGUGACCUCUGUGUCAUUAAUGUUCCGCCAGAGCUCAACUACGUGGACUACUUUGUGGUUGUCACCGGGAGCUCAACGCGGCACCUGCGCGCCAUGGCCGAAUACACGCACAGCUUGUACAAAUAUCUGAAAAUGACAGAGUAUGAACAUGUACGCAUAGAAGGCCACAACACUGACGACUGGAUGUGUAUAGACUUUGGUAACAUUGUCGUUCACUUCAUGUUGGAGGAUGUGCGUGAGCGCUUGGAGUUGGAGAAGCUUUGGACUUUACGCGAGGACGAUGAUCAGUUGUCGAGCAUCCCAUGCGAAACCUUCCCGCUGGAGUUUGUCGGAGACCCUACCGAGUUCUUUAAGCAAGAGGUGCUCGCAAAGAAGACCACCCCACAUGCUCCCUUGGGGUGAAUGAACAAAAGUUGAAUUUGUGAAUUUUGCCAAGAAUAUGUAACAUUUGUUCAUGCCAGCCUUGUGGCACCGUUGUAAGUUCUGUUAUAUAUUAUUUGCGAAAUAAACGUUUCCCGUUUUUAGUUUCUU